AUGGCGAGUGGAACGGAACCGGACGGGUGGAACUGAAAAUGUGUUCCAAGUUCAUUAAUAGGAUCUUAACCUAAAACAUUUUGAGAUCUAUCUUAUAGUUUUUAAUUUUAUUUAUAUUUGCACACUGGAAUAUGACUUCGUGAUUUGCGAUUGGUGAAGGUAUUUUGAACUCUCAACAAGUUGAGAGCGACGUUUUCUUUGCGGACAUGACAAAUUAUACUGAUUCUCUACAGUAAAUGCCACUGAUAGGCUUGACCUGAGGACUUCUCUGAAGUUAACUCUUUGCAAGUUCAUCGCUGGAUUAUAGAUAAGCUGCAGAGAAGCCUAUAGCAAUUCUCCAGUUUACGCUGAACUGCCCAAAGUGUGGAGCAUGUUGGCCAGUUGUUGUAACUGGCUCUGUCUGGACCCGUCCACCGUGGAGGAGAGCAGCACGAUUAGACCAAAUUCUCGCCACCAGGCAUACACCAACUCUGCCUACAGUAGCUCCCCAUCACACCCAGCCCCAGAGCACACAUGCAAAGCUUGCGGAGGUCCCUUCAACGCACUGGCCAGAAAGCACAUGUGCAUGGACUGCAAGAAGAGUUUUUGUGGCCAUUGCUGCACCCAGUUAGAGACCCACCCACGACUGUGCCACACCUGCCAGCGUUUCCACGGCACCAUGUUUGAACGAGCAGAACUAAUGAAGCUGAAAGUGAAGGACUUGCGGGACUACUUGCACUUGCAUGAAGUCCCCACGCAGAUGUGCAGAGAGAAGGAGGAACUCGUGGAGCUUGUUCUGGGCCAGCAGACACAUAUCUCUGACACUUCCAUGCCAACCCUGACACACGUGCACACACCCCCAUCAGACCAGCCUGCCUCCAGGGCCCCAACACCAGUCACUGUCCAACCUCCCAGCAUUACCAUAGAAGGGCCUACACAGACAGCAGAAGCAGAGCAGAGCAUGUCAGUGACAGAGGCCCCAGGUGACACUGAUGACGCAGAGCUCCAGGGGGAGCAGGAAUCCCAGUCCUCUGACUCAGAAGAGGUGCUGCCACCCGGCCGACGAGCCUCGCUCACCGACCUGGGAUCAGUCGAGGACAUUGACGGUCUCAGCGUACGCCAGCUAAAGGAGAUCCUGGCAAGGAACUUUGUCAACUACACGGGCUGCUGUGAAAAAUGGGAGCUGAUGGAGCGAGUCACACGCCUCUACCAUGACCAGAAGGACCUGCAGCACCUAGUUUCUAAUGCAAAUGAUGGAACAGACACCACAACUGGGCAGACCAUGGAGGAGAACCUGUGUAAGAUCUGCAUGGACUCGCCCAUUGACUGCGUGCUACUGGAAUGCGGCCACAUGGUCACAUGCACGAAGUGCGGCAAGCGCAUGAGCGAGUGCCCCAUCUGCAGACAGUACGUUGUCCGGGCCGUGCACGUGUUCCGAUCCUGAACCCACAGCUAGUGGACUGGGGGUCUAGCUGAGUCAAGUGGGAGUUUCACGUUCAUAUAAACACUUACAUUAGAAGGCUGGGUGUUUCCCCAAUAACAUGGCCUCCUGCUUUGUCUUAAGCAGAGGUGGUCUGCUUCCCAGCAGUAGUCUGGAUCAGUUUAAUAAUGGCAGCAGGAUAUAUUAGUAGUAACAUCAUCUUUUUUGGAUUUUUGACAGUAUAGAAUUGUUUUGGAGAGUGGGCUUUGUUUUUUAAAGGACCUUUUACAGUGAGUUGCUUUAAACUGUUGCCCAUUGUGGAGGGGGCAGGUGGGUGUUGAUAGGAAUGUCCAGUUUUGGCAUCUAGUGUCACCUGCAGGGAAUGCAAAUUUUCUAACAACUGCUCUAACAGGAUCACUGCCAGCUCCAUUGUAGCCUCAACAAUCUCAGAAGUCAUCUCUGGAAAAGGUUCAUGCAAGCCGAUACACUGGUUAUGUAGAUCUGAAUACAAAGGCCCACGGGAGUGUAGUUUGUUUGACUGGUGUUUACAUGUCACCAUUGCUGCUUUAUGCUACUGCUAUGUGUACUGCUGUGUCUGAAAAAGAUGGAGCCGAAAUCCUCACAAAUCUUUCCGGUCCAAAUUGUGGAUCUUUUUGCCUUUUAUUUAUUUAUGAUUAGUAGUGACCAAAGGGCAAAAUGAGAUGCCUUUUGCUGUAUCCGUUAGAGUACUUGAUUCAAACUAAGAUGAGCUCCUUUCCCAGUGCAAGUAGAGCUUAUAACAUAUUUACUAGAAAAGCACAAUGAAAUUAAGGAAAAUGAAUAAACGUGAGAGAAACACCCCCUCAGAGGACGUCACACAUGCUGUCCAUCAUGGCAUAGAUUUCUAUAGGAAUUCUUGCUUCUUUAUCAAAGGAGAGGAGACAACUUGGCCUUUUUUUCUUUUUUACCUCAGCCACAAGAAGUGGUUUUCCCCCCACCCGCCAAGUGGGACAAAAAUAUCAUUGUUAUGGAGCAGUAAGCAUCACUGAGCACUUGUUAUAAGAGUCAGGACUGUCUUUACACUGAACCAUUAUGUAAGCCGAGUCUUGGGAGUUAUCUACAGAAUAAAUCAAAACUGCGCCUUUUCUCAAAGUUAUGACUGACGUCGAUAGUGUUUGUUUUCAAGUAUCCAUCUGAUCAGCUGCUAUACCUAACUGGUGCCUUUUGAAUUGGUACUUGAGAUCAACAUUAGAAUGACUAAGUUUUCCUUAACUCCUGUGUCAGUGCUGUGCGAUUUGUGGACCUUAGCUUGACAGAGCGAGUGACAUUUAAGGUUUUGGUUCAUAGCCUAGGUGUAGCCAAAGGCCCACCAAGCUUUACAUGACUUCACAAACAUAUUUACCACCUCUUAUCUCUGCCCUUGUUUGAAGAUGUGUUCACACCACUUUAGGGCUAUACUAGGGCUAUAUAAUUCUAGGGCUUAGAAUUAAGGAAGUCCAGAUGAAUGUGCCAAAACAAGAUGACACUGGCUGACUAAGGUUCACAUGAUGACCUGCUGAUUGCUAAUACUUGUCAGUGCCUUCAGGUUGUUCCCAGAUCAGUGGAUCCUGAUAGACAAGGUUCUGCACUAUGCAUGCUUGAAGCAUUGGGGUGGAGCUUGUACACAUAUUUUAUAAGUGUAGACUGUAACUGUAACUUGUCUAAUGGCAUGUGCAGUUUGUCAGCCACUCUAUAUCUUGUUCGCCACUGGUCAGUUUCUGACCGCAGGAGAACUGCUGACCAAAUAUUAUUUGGGUGAUUGAUCAAUCACAACAGUGACACUGAAAUUGUAGUGGCAUGGUUGAGUGAGCAGUUACUAGUUUCAAUGUUUAUUGAGGCUGUUACAUGGCUUUGACCACUGAUUACAGUUAAAAAAAUAAUGGCUGGUAACAGGGCUGUAGACUAAAUAUACCUUCUUGGCAUUGUACACCUAGUUUCUAAUAAAGUUGUAGGUGAAUCCAUGACUUAUUUGAGCAAUAAUAUACCUUCAUGUCAAAGACUGCAACUGCUUAUACUUCAGAAAUGGCACCUUUUAAAUCAGUUCAGAUGUUGCAUGAUUUUGAAAGCAAAGGUGAGAAUGGGUUGCUUUUAAAUGUGUAAUUGAUCGAGUUUUACAUGGGUUUUAUAUAGGUUUUUUAAACCUUUUACAUAAAACUCCUAAUCCUGACGACCUUACUUGGGUCCCUAAAGGCUGACUUAAACUGGUCAGCUGCUUUCUUUGGGACCAUACUCUCAAAAGAAUCAAUUGUCCAGCCUGCUCCUAUUUGGAGGAGGGCUGCAACUUAAGAUGUGGAUAUGUACAGUUCUCAGGUACUGUAGCCAGUGCUGAUCAUAUUGAUUGAUUAAACAAGAAUAAGUUACAGUUUAUAUUCAAUCAUGUUUUACUUUUUUGGAACUGUGAAAUAGUUCAGAAAGAGUCUGGGUUUGGUAGGAAGACAUUUCAGCAUCAGCUUUAGUUUAAGAAAUGUCAGAUUGUGCUUGGGUUUACUUUUAAUAGGGAGAAUAUGCUUUCAUUUUGUAAAUGUGUGAUUUGGUACAAGUGUUGCAUUUUGUUAACCAGCUCUGAUGUAACUUGUAUUGGCAAUCUUUUGAAUGGGUGUUUUAAAAAUCUAGAUGAUCAAAUAAUUGAGUUUUCUUUUGUGUUCUUAUGUGAUGAUUUUAUAUUAAAAUAUAUUCCUUGGA